AUGUCUGCGCAUCUGGCCCAUCCUACGGAAGAUGAGGAGCUUCCUUAUUCCCACACCAUUCCCUUCUCGUGGCUCGAUUCCCCCAAACGUCUAGCAAUGCCGUUUCACAAAAGGACAAGAAGCUCAAGCCUAGCAGCUUCUGUUAGCGAGAUAGAAGAGCUCCCAUCACCAAGUGCGGGGUUCGGCCACGAUGCGCUGGGUCACUGUCGGAGCCCGUCCUCAACAAGCUCUUGCGCGGAGUCGCUCACUUACUCUGCCUCGAGCAUCGCGUCCACUCCGAGUACCCCAGGAACAUUUCCGGGGAGCCCGUUAACCUUCUUGAGCGAACAGGAAGCCGGGCUCUACAAGGAAUUUGAUUUGCCCCAACCGCUGGAUUCGGUCUAUCCUGAGGCUGUCCCGCAUCACCGCCGUCCAUUCUCUCCCCAAAUACAUGUCAUUAUGGAGGAGUCUGACGGCGCCGAGGAGAGCUCAAGACCCAUUUCACCUCAGCCCAAUGAGUUUCAAACCCUGAGUCUCCCGAUAAGGUUACGCCGCUCAAGGAAGAGAGGAAUUAGACCCCGCGGGGGGUCCGACCCAUCUCACUUGAGUACAUCUCCUACUUCUUCCGCACCUCUUACCUUCGCCCAGUUCCGAGAGAUACGAGCGGAAGCUCGCGCCAAAGUGCACAACCGAACAAAAUCCCUUCCGACCUUCCCCAGCCAUCGAAGCUUGAUCUUAUUCCCACGCCGGUCAUCACUUUCGGAUACGCAAGAGGCUGCUGACAAGUCCCUACAUCGUCGUCUCAGGGGUUCUCGGAGUCCGCCUCACGAGGAAAUAUCUUCGGAACAGGAGAGCUGUGUCCGCCCUCGACAAGAGUGCCUUCGCGAACCAUGGUGUGCUCCGCCUGAAGUUAACAGCUACGAUCCAGCUGUUGUCGAAAGGAUAGGCCAUUCCAUUUUGCGAGAAGCGUAUGGUGUCGGUUCCUCGAAUGCGCAAGUACCUCUUAAGAUUCUGGAUGCUGUCAUUAGAUGCCUAGAGGAUGUCGAUGUUGUUGCCCGCCAGCUCGGCUGGACUUCGAAUAAUGUUUAUUACCAAGCCUCUCCUGGAGAUAAUUCAUCAUGGGAUAAUUCGGGCACAACUUCCAUGAGCUCAUCAGAACAGAGAGGAGCUGGAGGGUCAAAUAGCCGCAAACGCACUUCCCAACAAGCCGGGGAUGGUGGCGACGAUUUUACGAGCGAUCAGCCAGGCGGGAAUGGCGGGGACGACCUGCUCUCACCCGACGAUAUGAGCCGGAAGAGGGCCAAGACAGCCACCCAGCAGUCUGCGUUCAGUUGCCCAUACAGGAAGCGCAAUCCACUGCGCUUCAAUAUCCGCGACUAUGAGAAUUGCUGCCGAAAGCCCAUCAUCGGCAUUCCCGAGCUCAAGCGCCACAUCCAGACAUGGCAUCGCCGAGGAGGCGCCGUGAUGCAUCAGUGUCGCCGGUGUAAGAAGGGAUUUCCUUCCGAAGAGGCUCUCGAUAGACAUUCAGAAUUGCCGAAGGACCAGAUGUGCGAACCUGAGGGCCGUAAUAAGCCAACGCAAGAUCCUGAGGAUGGGAUUACGGACGAGAUGAGCAAGACUCUCGUCGACAGGAAGGCAAAUGGCAAGAUCCAAACCUGGGAGCAGAUUUGCAGGCUUAUCUUUCCGACAGAUCCCGACGUCCCUCAACCAGAAUUCGAGCCCGUUAUUGAACACCACGAAGUCAAAGAUGAGUUAAAGAAAGCCACUGGGAUCCUUUGCGACGGGCUUCAAAGGGAACUCUCCCAUGUGCCUGAUCUCGAUCCUGGCCGGCGCUUCCAGAUCCUCCGAGCGCUAGAAACCGUCGUCGACGUCUACGUAGCCUUCGCCUUGAGAAACUGCAAAGGCAGAUUUGGGUCCUCGUCUCUCUCGGUGGCCAGGCGGCCUCAAAACAUCCCCACUCGACGAUCCUCUUCCGCAAGACCACCAUCCCUCGAACCCACCGCCCAAACGGGCUCCAGCUCUAGAACUAAUACCGCACCGGGGGCACCCAUCCCUUUACGCAGGCUCGCCCCCCAGCGGAACCGAGUUUCCUCCCAGACUCGGGUCCAGCCGUCCCCUUCACUACCUCCCAUGAGCGAGUCCGGUGAUACCUCAUCGCUGGCGGAUGCACAGCCCGAGUCCUAUAUCCCGAGCCCGGAAGCCGGCUUCCGCGAUUCGGGAAUUUCUCUGCAUUGCGAUGCGGAUCAUAAUUGCACGGCAGACGCAGGCGGAUGCAUUUGUCAACUUGAUGCCUCGUCUGGUAACAAGGCUCACGAAGACAUUUCGAACUACUACUUGCCAGACUUCUCCCAGCAAGCGUACCCUGGAUGGGAGUUUUGGCCCUUGCCAAACGCUGACCUCGGCGCUGGCUUCCCAUCACAGAUGACCGCAGGCGGUCCACAGCUUGGCGAAUACAACGCAUUCGACAGGGAAGGUCAGAGUUAA